GUAAGAUGAGGAAAGGGGUAACGAUGGGAUCAGGAAACUUUCAUAGUAAUUUUAACUAUAAUAUUAUUAACGGGGAAAAAAGAGUAUAUGGAAUGGAGAGAUGAAAAUGGGAGUUUUGUCAAACAGAAUUUGCAGAGAAGACUUGAAGCCUGGCGAUCACAUUUACUCCUGGAGAUACGCCUACAUCUAUGCGCAUCACGGGAUAUACAUAGGCGAGGGAAAGGUGAUCCAUUUCACCCAAUCACAAGGUGGUCGAGAGAUCGGCACCGGAACCGUCUUAGAUCGUGUAAUUUUCAGUUCAUCAUCUUCAGAGGCUUCUAAUUGCGCCGCAUGCGGCGAUCAAUCGGGUCGCUGCGGCGUCAUUUCUUCCUGCUUAGAUUGCUUCCUAGCCGACGGUGAGUUAUACCUAUUCCAAUACGCCGUUUCACCGGCUUUGUUUCUGGCGAAACCCAGGGGAGGAACCUGCACCAUUGCCGCUUCAGAUCCCACAUCCGAAGUUCUUCAUCGUGCUUCCUUCCUACUCCAUAACGGUUUUGGCGUCUACCAUCUAUUCAAAAACAAUUGUGAAGACUUCGCGAUUUAUUGUAAAACCGGGUUGCUGGUAAUCACAAGGAUCAGCGUUGGUCGGAGUGGGCAAGCGACGUCAUUAUUGGCGGCUGCUAGCGCCAUUGUUUCUUCACCGUUGAGAUAUUUAACGACUAGCUUUAGUGGCCUGGCUGCUGUUGGUUACGGGAUGUAUUGUUUUAGCCGCUUGGUUUCCGACAUCGGAGUUCGUCGUGAUGUGGAAAAAGUUGCGGUUGAAAUGCUUGUUUCCGCUUCUGCAGGGUGCCAGGAAACUUGAUGAUCUUCACACUGAAUUCAAUUUCUUUGUAAUUUGAACUCAUAAUUGCAGAAUAUUGGAUUCAAAUAUAUGCUUGCCUCUAUUUAUAAAA